AUGUUUCCUUCAGAGCAAUAUGAUCUUAGUAAACUUGCUUAUGAUAAUCAGCAGAAAUCGUCUAUUAAUAACUUUGGCAAUUUGGAUGAUACUUAUUUUGAUUUCAACUCCCCCCCUUUUACAGAUUUCCAGUUGGAAGACAUUGAAAAAGACACCUCAUCACAUGGUCUUGUUAAAUAUUUUGCAAGCAGGGCAGAAAAGUUGAAUGGAGAAAAGAUUCAAAUUCAUUGCUAUAACAAAGAAUCCCAUGUAAAGGAUGACCAAAAAAUGUCAACUAAUGAAAGAAUUCGGAUGGCAGGACAACAUUUUAUCAACUUUUACUCUCCAAAAGCUCAUGAAAUCUCUGAUCUAAGCCAUCCAUUUCCUAUCUCAUUCUCUGGACUAUCAGAAGAUGCAGCUAAAGAUGUAGAACUUCUGAUUACUCUUUUGUAUUCAGCUGAGAAAACCAGCCAAGGACAGUUUGACCGCGCAAGCAAACUCAUUGACUUAUGCAAUAACGCAUCUUCUAAUGAAGGAAAUCCUGUUCAAAGGUUGGUAUACUACUUUUCUCAAGCGCUUCUUGAGAAAAUUAACCGAGAAACGGGAAAAGUGGCCAAUGUUGGGCUUGACAAGAUGUUUGAUCUUCAAAGAAUUUUAAUGAAUGUUGACAAGAGCAUAUUUUCAUUUUACCGGAAAGUCCCAUUAGCGCAAGUUUGCCAGUUCAGUUCGAUGCGUACAAUAUUUGAAAAUGUAAAAGGAUCUAAAAAAAUCCAUGUAAUUGAUUUUGAGAUCAGGGCGGGGAUGCAAUAUACACUUUUGAUGCAAGAUCUUGCAAGUGAGUGUGAAAUCGGGCGUUUGAAGAUAACUGUUGUAACUACAAGAGUGGAAUCAAAGAUAAAAGAUAUAUGUAAGUCUCAUAUAUGA